UGAAAGGGCACAAUUGCUUUGGUCGUCGUCGCACAUCACAAUCAGAGGCAGGGCAUUAGUAUGGACACCCCGUCACCUACGACGAAAAGACACAACUCAGCGCAAUUCAGCGCCACGAUGGACGACCUUGAUACGUUCGGCGGCGUGCUGACUCCGACCAAGGACGACACGACGUUGGCGCCCGGUGGCCCCCUUGCAUUUUGCUCGCUGGAAGGGUUGGGGUUGAUUAUCCAGUACAGCGCCAUGGGGCUUCUCGACAGCGGGAUCGCCGACAUCGCAAGGCCACUGUACUCCGUCUACCUCAACGUGGAUCCGACCAACGUGCAAAUGUACACCGUUGUGGUCACCUUUGGCUAUUACUUUAAAGUGUUUUUCGGAAUUGUGUCGGACUGUGUCCCGAUUUUUGGCUACCGACGCAAGAGCUACAUGUUGAUUGGGUGGACCAUCACGUUGAUGUGCAUGGUGGCCAUGGCGUGCAUUCCGUUUGGCCGGCCUUAUUGCGAAAACCCCGAGCUGUGUCACGUCCCUUUGGAGACUCUCGACCCCAGUGACGUCGCGGAGUUUUUUGACUUGUCCGCGCCAUCUCGCGGCCUGCCAUUCCUCGUCCUGUCGAUGGUUCUCAGCUUUGGCUACAUCAUGACGGUGUGCGCUUCCGACGCCCUCGUCGUGCAGUAUGCCCACCGCGAGCCCAUCGAAACCCGCGGCCGAACCCUGUGUGCUGUCUACGCAAUCCGCAAUUUCUCCUCCGCCGUCGCAUUCUCGGUCACUCGCUUCUUUUUGAAUGGCCCGUCGUAUCAAGGGUCGUUUUCAUUCGAGAUCCAACCCAACGUUGUGUUUGUGCUGCUCAGUCUGCCCAGCGGCUUGGCGAUUGCCAACACAUUAUUGUACAUCCGCGAGUACCGCGAAAAGGGCAUGCCCGUUCGCGUCUACCUCCAUGGGUUGUGGGAACUCGCGCAAAAGCGCGUGCUGUGGCAGAUCUGCAUGUACACGAGCAUAGCUGGCUUAUUCGGGUCGUUUCGAUCUACCGCGGAAAGCCCUGUUACAUACGUGUGGGCCAAAGUGACUCAUCUCAGCGAAAGUUUGACGACCGUGGUCGGUUCUUUGGUAUGGGGGGGUACUCUGGUGUGCAUUGGUCGAUGGGGGGUUAACUGGAACUGGCGGGUCACGAUCGUUGUGACAACUUUGGUUUGGGUCACGUUCGACUCCGUCGGAGUGUUUACAGUCGUGUGGGAUGGCUACCGCAAUGAAUGGUUCUUCAGCGCCAUGUACCUCGUCAGCUCGGUCCCAUCCGCUGUUCGGUUCAUCAUGUCUUUCUUUUGUGCCGUGGAAAUCGCUGAUAUGGGCAACGAAGGCGCCGUGUAUGGACUUAUUACAACGAUUUUCAAUGUUACGAUGCCACUCGGGCCCCUCUGGUACAAGUGGCUCGACUCGUAUUUUGACGUGACUACCAAGGCCGUGGAAACCGACUCGAAUGACGUGCGGUGGCAGGUGACGUACACGUACUUGAUCUCGUACGGCAUGCACCUCUUUGCACUUGUGUUCCUUGUGCUGCUGCCUCCUCAAAAGAUAGCCAUGCAAGAGUUGAAGCGCUACGGCGGCUCUCAUCCAGUGUUCGCCGUGGCUGUCUUGGGUAUCUUGUUUGUUUGCUUGGUCGUGGCCAUCACGUCAAAUUUGCUGUCCAUAUUCCCGUCUACUCGAUGCCUCGCUUUUGCCGGUGGUGACGGCUGCCCGUAAAUACUACUACUAAUAGUAUAACCCAUUGAUAGUGGACUUUCCAAGUGAAAAUAGAAUACUUUUGGCAGUUAAUAAAACGUAAGGGGGAGUUCCAAG